CAGUUAGUUCAGUACUUUAGUUUACUCUUUAGUGCUAGGGACGAUAAGGUACGGAAUCGGAUGGUGACUGACAUCACAUGACUUGCUUACGCUCCCUGCCUUCUUCCUGUUCUUUUCUCUCCCUCCCACUUCUUACCGCUUCAGCUCCAACCCCUCCAUUCUCCCACACUCAUCUUUUCUUAUCUUCUUCCCCUCCUCUGGCGUUGAAUUGAUCUCGUCCAACUCUGCGGCUGGUUCAGCUCGAAUGAUUCCGCAAUUGUUGAUAUCCACAUCUGUUCUCGCCCGGAUCCUGUCCUCCUAUCUCUAAAAGCCAAAGGCCAAAAGCCGAACGCCAUGUUCUCCACCUUCUCCGCCAACCUCAACUCCACCGAUCGCCCCGCGGAGCAACAGCCCGCCGCCGCUCCCCGUCCCAAACGGAACCAGGUCGUGCGUGCCUGCGACUGGUGUCGCGUCAACCGCAUCAAGUGCGACGAUAAACAACCCUGCCAGAACUGUCGCAACCAUGGCGGCUACUGCAGUAACACCAAGCAGUUCGAAGCUCAUUCCCUGCCCGCCGCCAACCGGGAGAUUCAUCGACUACGGAACCGGCUUAAAGAUUUACAAGAACAACUAGAGAAAGCGACCCAGGAAACUAAAACUCUCCGUCGCCAAUCCCCUACUGCCUCGAAUUUUGCUACCUCGGGUCACGCCACUCCCGCCGAGCUCCCAACUUCACAUCGUCAAACAUGGGACGGUGUCUAUAGUCCAGGGUCCCAGACUGGUGGCGUGAUUCACUACGGGCCGCUCUCCGCGCCUUACCUGGUGUUGCGCCUGAAUCGGUUCAUGUCUGAGUCAGCCAACCAACUUCACCUCAAAUCGCCGCUUCCCGUCCGACUUUCGCAGAUCCAUCGCCAUUCUCCGACAGUGUCACUGGAGCAACUGUCGGACGAGACGGAGCGCCCCAGUCUUCGUCUGGGGCUGGCGGAGGUUGACGACCUGUCUCGCGAGCAAGAAGAACAUUUCCUGGUGCUGCUCUGGCAGGCGUAUCACUGGAUGUAUCCCAUCGUAGCAGAGGAGGAGUUUCGACAGUACUAUGACUCCCUCUGGGCUGGAAGCAACGGUCAAAGCCCCCGACAGCCCUCCGCGCUCGUGGACAGCUUGCUAGCUGUGUGCAUGCAAUAUGGCAGCACCUUUUUGGCCGAUGAUGAGGUUAUGGGGGACGGUGAGACGGCGUCGCAGACCAGCCACUUCACCACUGCUGCGCAUGCCUUUUACCGUCGGAGUCAACGCGUCUUGAUGGAGAACCUCGAGCAUCCGUCCAUUCGAUCGCUGCAGAGCCACAUCUACUGCAUCAUCUAUCUCUACAAUACUGCAAACCUGGACACUGCCCAUGCUCUGCUCGGGUUGGCGAUCAGAGCGGCGCAUAUCCUGCGCAUCAAUAUCCGGCCCUUGGAGUCAACCCCGAAGGCCUCGCAAGAGCUGCAUUCUCGGAUCUGGUGGACGCUGUACCAGCUCGAUAGUCAGAUUUCGAUGACGCUGGGUCGACGGCCCCUCAUCAACCCCGAUGAGGUGGGUUGCGCGAUGCCGCAGGAUUCGAGUGGCGCGGGACAGCUAUCGGCCACGGUGUUGGUGUCGCCUCCGGACGAAGACAUUAGCUGGCUUAGCUUCCAUGUACAGUACAUCCGGCUGACGGCUGCGGCACGCGGAAUCUACACUGCAUUCAGCGCACGCUGUACUGAAUUGCUGCAGGCAAAGAGCAUCCAAGAUAUCCACGAAGAUCCAGCCACCAUGGAGACGCUUGCCGGAUUUCUAGGUGACAAGAUUCGGGUAAUGUAUGAGUGGGGACAGAAUGUGCCACGGUCUCUCAAGAACCCACGCAAGGGCUCGGGAGAAGCAUUCUGCACCGACCGCACGCCGCUGAAUCUGAACCCGGCUAGCCCGCUCUGGCUGCAGCGUCAGCGGCUGCUCCUGGAAGUGAUCUAUCACCACCUCCAGAUGGCCAAUUUCCGUCCCUUCAUUCGCUUCCCGCCCCGUGGAGCCUCCCUCACCCCGCUGUCAGAUAGUCACAGCAUCGCGGCGCUUAAUCACGCGGUGGUAGUGACACUGAUUCUUAAUCAAGUACUUUCCGAAACCGACCUACUGUGUGGAUGGACCUCGGCCUUCCAGUACCAGUGGGACGCCACCAUCUGUAUCCUUUCGUUUGUGUUAGCCAAUCCGGUGUGUCCACCAACGCCAGCGGCACGCAAGAUCCUGCCGACGGCGCUGCGCACCCUCGAGAAGCUGGGCCAGUCCUUUGGCCCGGUCGCCAACACGGUGCAAGCCGCCUGGGAACAAUUCAGGACGAGCUCCACUCCCCGCGGAUGGUCGCAGCUCACGCCUCCCAGCCAGAGCUCGGCCGACUCGGUGAUUGCGCCGCCGACAUCCGUGGCGCCUCCCGCGGCGGGUCUCGGCCACUCGCGGUCGGGGUCGGUGGUUCCGCCCACCACCGAUCCCUUCUCCGGCUUCUUGACGCCACUGCCCAAACUGCCCGCGGGAAUGAUCUUUGGCCCCGCCGACUUCGGCGAUCCCGCCACCAUCACCCCGCCGCUGGAGCUGAUGGACGAUCCCGCGUUCGCCGGGCUCUCCAACGAUUUCCUCAUGGGGACCGGGGGCGGUGCGCCGUGGUUGUCGAACGGUGCCAUUGCCGUGGAUUCUUGGGUCGGAUUCGAUGGGUCGCAGCAGGCUUGAUUCGUCAUCUUGUGUCCUGUCGCGAUGACUGAUUCACGAACUCGUGCCUGGUUAUUUCAUGUAAAAUCUUGCGGUUGCAAUGUCGUUGAAAAUAGAACUGAUGAUUUGUCUGUGUUGUUGUGUUGUCUUACAUGAAUGAUGAUUCUCGCGCACUGUUCUUAGAUUCCCUUGCUGCAGCUGUGAUUUGACGGAGUUCUCAGGAUUUGUUUGUAUUGUCCUUUUGGUCGUUCUCUGUGGGUUGAUUGGUUUUGAACAUAUGGUAUCCCAUUCUGAUAUGAUAAUGAAACUUCUUGGUCUUCACGAUGCUCAUGGGCGGGUUGAUGAAC